AUGCCGCUCUUACUCUCCCCCCCCUCCCCAGGAGCUGACACAGGCUCUGCGGCCCGAAUCGGGAAGGACCCAAGGGGCUGGGGGGGAAAAGGGGGUAGUAAGGCUGUUCCUUGCCGGCCUCCACCCCUACCCUCGCCCACUCGGGGGAACCCCGCGGGCCAGCCCUGGACGGCGGCGCCUCGGUUACCACAACAAACUGGAGGAGCCGAGGGCCCGUUGCCAGCCGCGGGCUGGGGCUGCCAGGAGGAGCAGGAGGCGGAGGCGGAGGCCGAGAGAUCCGGGGCCCCGCCGCCGGGUCAUGAUCCCCGCCGCCCGAGCCGGCCCGGGCCCCGGGCCCCCGCCCCCCGGAGCCGCCCCAGCGCCCGCCCGUCCCGUCCCGUCCCGGGGGGAGGCGGGGAGCCGCCGCCGCCGCCUCAGCCGCUCCCGAUCCCGGCCCCGGUCCGGCCCCGGUCCCGGCUCCGGCUCCGGCUCCGGUCCCGGCUCCGGCUCCUUCCCAACGCCGCCGCCGCUACCGCGGCCUCAGCCCCGUGCUCCCGCCUCGACCUCCCGCUUCGCCCGUCCGGGGCCACAGCCGGGCCCCUCGUUCUGCAGGCACCGCCGCCAGGCCCAGCCAGCCGAAUGCCGAGCGGCCGCCCCCAUUCCGCCAGCCAGCCCAAGCCCAGCCCCGGCCCAGCCCUGCCAGGCCGGAACUACUAG